ACUGAAAACGUCUCGUAGUCGUCAGCGGUGGCGGUGGAUUUCCAUCUUCUCCAGUAGCUGCUUCUUCUAAUUUUCAGCCUGUCACUGUGUGCGCGCGAAGCAAAUAUUGUUUCUCCUUGUUUGAUUAGCACGCUUCAAGGCACACACACACUCCUCCACCAGUUUAAGAUGUCGGACGAGGCGAAACCAGCAGCAGCAGCAGCCCCGGAAGCGGCCAAAGUGGCCGAGAAAAAGCCGGAGGCCGAAGCAAAGCCAGAAGUUAAGCCAGAAGCCCAACCAGAGGCCAAGCCGGAGUCCACGUCGGAUGCCAAACCGGAGGCCAAUGGGGCGGCCAACGGCGCCCAGACGCCCAAGUCGACAGGCGGCAACAAGUUCAAGGAAAACUUCCGUGCCUUCUCCAAGUUUGGGGACACAAAGAGUGACGGCAAGCUGAUUACGCUGUCGCAAAGUGACAAGUGGAUGAAGCAGGCCAGCGUGAUCGACAAGAACGGCAUCACCACCACCGACACGGGCAUCCACUUCAAAAAAUUCAAGUCGCUGAAAAUCAAUCUUGCUGAUUACGAGAAGUUCAUCGCAGAGUUAGCCAAAGCCAAGAAAAUGGAAGCUGAAGAUAUUAAGAAGAAAAUGGCCGAGUGUGGAGCACCUGGUUUGACCGGAACUGCUUCUGGGUCGAAAGUUCCGAACGCGGUGGAUCGACUGACAGAUGUUUCUCGCUACACUGGUUCGCACAAGCAGCGCUUCGACGAGACGGGCAAGGGCCGCGGCAUCGCGGGCCGCAAAGACGUCAAAGACAGUUCGGGAUACGUCCAGGGCUACCAGAACAAAGAUUCCUACAGCAAAACCCACUGAACUGCAGGAUCGCACUCCUCCGCUUUUUAUCGAGCCGUUUUUGCUGUUGAUUUCAACUGCUUUGUGAUGAUUUGUAGAAUUGUAUUAUUCUAAUUUGUCGAAGACUCGCAUGAAUGUACAAGAACGUUUGCGUUGAAGAUACAUAUACAUAUUAUAUAUAUCCAGAGCCUAAAUAUUAGGAAGAAUGAUGUGGAGCCGAACGCUAUCGGUUGUGAGCACAAACAAUUCAAAAUAGUCGGUAAUUUUCUACUUUGAAACGAAUAAACUGUAGCUGGACACAUAUAUUGAUUACGUAAAAUAGCUCCCAGACGGAAACUUUCGCUGCACCGGUGCAAAAUUUUUGUCAUUAUUCCGCUGUCAUGUGUAUAAGAAGGAACAUUCUCGGAAGCGACGGUCGAAGUUACCUGAAAAGUUGUGCGUAGGCAGUCCGCGAGACGCGCAAGUCGCGCCGCUUGCCUACCUUUGUCAUUUUCUCUCUCUUUACAUACCAACUUGUUCUGCUUGUUUCUUUCGAGCGCUGCACCAGCAGCUUUUAACGCAGUCUGUGCGACUAAUUUUUAAAUUUUACACCAUCCGAUGAUGCAGUACAAAGAGUUUUUUCGGCGCGGAUUUCUAGUUAGUCGCACAAAAAUCAAUUUUAGAUUAUUGUACCUCAAAGACUUGGGAAUUUCAGUCGAUUAUGCACAUAAACAAAGACAGCUAUAAUUUAAAAAUGGAAAGAAUUGUAGAAAUUUGAUUAAAUUAAAUAAAUCAAAGCUAAUGUGGACCAAAUAUAGAAAAAAAGUAUCCUAGAUGAUUUAAUUUUGACAUGCAUAAUUUUUAGGCUAGUAAAAUGAGUUUUUUUUGUUAUGCGUAUUUAUAAAUUUCAAUUCCUUGAUUUUUGCUGUUAAUCUUCUUGAUCUGGAUCAAAGGGAAUUGAAAUAAAUCGCAUUUUUCUGGCCAAAAACAAUGGCUGCUGCCAGGAACAUUUUGCUAAUAAAACCAGCGUGUUUUAAUUGAGUUUUAAGACGAUUUACUGUUUAAAAUGAAUAUGAUUUAUGAAAUAUUUUAUUUUGAGACGAUGACAGUCUAAUUAUAUGAAAGUUUGGUCACCAUUUUCCUCCUUUCAAGACCCUUACGGCGGCCAUAUCUGCGCAAUGCAUUUUUUUGUAUGUAUUUAAAAAUAUCGGAUUUUCGGACUGAAAUUCCCAAGUCAAACCCUACCCAUUGUAUAAACACAAGUUCUUUUGGUGUUUCAAAAUGGAAAUAAUAAAAAAAUGUGAAUAAAAAGACACGUACAAGAAUAAAAAAUAAAAA